AUGAAGUCGAACAUCGCGAGAGCGUUAUGUGAUUCGAUUCCGUUCUCGAAGUUGGUGAUUUCCUCUCUGGGUGGGGCCUACGUAGGUUCGCUGACGAUCCAUUCGUGCGCCACAGUGUUCGUCACCGAUGACAGCUUCGGCGGUGUCGUGCUUUCGGAGCGGUUGUCGUUUAUUGGAAUAAACCGACUGACCUUCGAGCCGCAUGCUUUCCGGAACAUUCUGCAGUCGCCCAAACAAUUAGUCAUUGAUAAGUGCACCCUUCCUGUGAUUCUACCGAAUGCAUUUACCGGACUUUCCCACAUGGAACACAUAUGGUUUCGAAACUCCACGAUCGGAAGGCUAUCCACGCACGCCUUCUUUCAUCUCACGAGUGUCAACUACCUCUAUUUUCGGGAUGUGCUGUUCAAGUAUAUAGAAAGGAGCGCUUUUGGUAAAAUGAACAGCGUUGGCCAUUUAUUCAUGGGAGGUGUGGUGCGAAUUGACAGCUGCGAAAGUCAUCUGUUUGUUUCUUCAUCCAUAGAGGAAAUCGUGUUUGAGGGUCUGACUGGCCACCUAGACGCAGCCUUUCUUCUUGAUGCAGAUAUUCGUCUUAUUAAUAUUCGUGAUUCUAUUUUGGAGUACGAGACAGACGAUGCAAAUCGAGGUAUAGCGGUACCACAACAGACCAAAUCAACGUCGAAGCGACACAACUCUGCCGUCUUUUACAACGUAUCCGUGAAUCUGUUGGUACCAGAUCUGCUGGCACACUUCGGACAUGUUACUUUUUUCAACUCCUCUAUCACCCGAGUGCGACCAAAUCAGAGAUCGCAAGUGAAGUACCUCCGCAAUGACUUAAUUAUAACAUUUUUGAGUACAAAUCUCAGAAAUAUCGACUCGUAUGCAUUCAGCAACAUUUCUGCGCACAUUCUGAACAUAACGAAUAGCGUCAUCGGGAAGAUCAACCGUUUUGUGGCUUCGGGAGCAACAUUCGAGCAUAUUUACAUCACCAACACAGAAGUUAAAGUACUCGACGAACAAGUGUUCGCACACUCGCAAAUCAAAAGAUUUGAAGUUGCUGGAGGGCAAGUCGAUCACAUCCUUUCAUCAGCUUUCCAAUUCUCGCGUGUGGAGGAGAUGUUUAUUGAUUCGUCUCGAAUCAAUAUCUUGGAUAAGCAUGCAUUUAAUGGCAGUCGAAUUCAUACUCUCAGUAUAUCAAAAACUACUGUGAACAACGUGAAGUCCGAACCGUUUGAUGGCUCGCAGAUAACCAGUCUGCGUAUUUCAAACUGCAGUUUCUGCGGGACUCCAGCCCGGGAAGUCUUCUCAGGGCUCACCCCCAAUCGUCUCGCUGUUGUCAAUUCCACUUUUGAUUGCAAUCCGUCUGACUGCGAAAUGAAUGCGAUGCUGCUGAAGCCGUCUCGCCACGAGCUGUUUUGGUAUUUUGAAAAUAACAAAUGUCGCACGCAGCUCAUUGAUGACAACAAGAAUGUUCCGAUGUGUGUGCAACAUUCAGUAUUUCUGCAGUCCGGCUUGAGUUGUCGGUUAAGUUGGGCACUAGCCGAUUGUGUUUGUACGGCAUCAACCGCAACCCUUCCAAAGGUUAACGCCACAGUAGUGGUAGUUGGCGACUGCGAGCACUUGAGCAUAGCUGAUUCUGAAGCCUCUCCCAUUGCAUUGUAUCUCUUUAGAAUAAGUAAGUGCGAUGUGUUAAAAGUCCCAAGUGCGAUCAAAACAAUGAAAAUAUACCAUUCGAAUGCAGUGCUUCACCAAGGUGCGAUGGCAAAUAAUCAGUUCACGUCGUUGUCACUUUCUCAUGCGAAUAUCUACAAAGUAGCUCGGAAAGCGAUCAGUAACAUCAGUGUUGAGGAACUGACAGUGAAAGAUUCAUUUCUUUCUAACUGGCACAUGGAAGCGGUAACGGCAAGUUGGAUAAAGCAUGCAACUUUCACAGAUUCUCAAAUCGCGGUGAUGGCUUACCGUCAAUGA